AUGGGACAGCUCACCGUCCUCAUCCUCGGCGCAGGCUGGACAUCCACCUUCCUUAUCCCCCUCCUCACCACCUCCUCCAUCCCCUUCGCCGCCACCACCACAACCGGCCGAACCGUCUCGGGCGUCCCGACAAUCCGCUUCAAGUUCGACCCCGCCAACACACCAGAAGAGGAGCUCCGCUCCGCGAUUGCCGCCCUCCCAGCAGCGAAAUACGUCCUGAUCACUUUCCCCCUCACCGGCAAUGGCCCCUCCAAGACAUUGAUCGAGAUGUACAAUUCCACACAUCAAUCCCACUCUUCCGCCUCUCAAAAAGCCCGGUUCAUCCAGCUUGGCUCAACGGGUAUUUGGGGUGCGGGUCGCACUACUGCUGCGGCGGAUAAGGAGAGGGUGGAGAGGGAGUUGGCGGAGAAGAGGGGAGGUGAUCCCUGGGUGAAUCGGCAUUCCCCUAUUAAUGAGGCCAACCCCAGGGUGAUCGCUGAGAAGGAGCUUCUUGAAUUGGGAGGGUGCGUGCUCAACUUGAGUGGGCUGUGGGGAGGGGAGAGGAAGCCAGUUAAUUGGAUUGGGAGAGUGGCUGCUACCAAGGAGGCGAUCAAGUGGAAGACAAGCCUGCAUAUGAUUCAUGGGGACGAUAUUGCCCGGGCGGUGGUCAAGAUUGUCACUAAUGAGGACAAGUGGGAGAAUGGAGGGGGUAAGGGGGAGAGGUGGAUGUUGACUGAUGGCUUUGUUUAUGAUUGGUGGGCGCUGUUGGCAGGGUGGGCAGAGGGAGAGGGUGGUGAGGUGAGGGAGCAGGGGAGGUGGGUGAGGGAGUUGAUGGAAGAGGAGGGAGUGAGGGCGCUGCCGAGGGGGAUGGAAAUGCUGGGGAGGUGUUAUGACUCGAGGGAGUUUUGGAGGGUUUGGGGGUUGGUGCCGCUUAGAGCGGGGGUGUUGAAUGAGUGA